GUUAACAAAGUCUCUGAAUUGACUAAAUUGUCAAAUUUAAUAGCCAUCUUAUUUGGCAUCUACAUUUACGUUCAUUGUUAUUCUGAUUUCAAAAGUUCAAGCACAGACGGCACUUACCAGAUUAAACUUUCGAAGGAACCAGUUUCAAAAACCUUGUACUUUCCAAUAAUUCGCAAACAUGGGCAACGUGAUGGCUUCUUCAUCGGGCGGACUGGACUUGUCGGACAUGCCUCCAACACCCUCAUCCCCCGGCGCGACCCUGCCGCCUCACCUAGUGAAGGCGAUGGAAGCGGAGGCUGUGGAGACGGAGCUGGAGAAUCCCGGCACGGUCGAGGAGCUGCACAGUCGCUGCCGCGACAUCCAGGCCAACGCCUUCGAUGGCGCCAAGAUCAUGCUGAACAAGGGCCUGAGCAACCAUUUCCAGGUUACGCACACCAUGACCAUGAGCACGGGGGCGUCAAAUGGCUAUCGCUUUGGAGCCACAUAUGUGGGCACCAAGCAGUAUUGUCCGAGUGAGGCGUUUCCGGUCCUUAUUGGCGAGAUUGAUCCGAUGGGAAACCUAAGUGCGAAUUUGAUACACCAGCUGACGGCGCGACUGCGCUGCCGACUCGCCUCACAGUUCCAGGACUCGAAGCUGGUGGCCACCCAGCUGACGAGCGACUAUCGCGGCAAGGACUACACCUUCUCACUCACCAUGGGCAACCCGGGCAUCCUCACGGGGUCUGGAGUGAUUGUGGGUCAGUACCUGCAGGCGAUCACCAAGCGAUUGGCACUGGGAACUGAGCUGGCCUACCAGUACGGUCCGAACGUUCCUGGCCGCGAAGUGGCAGUGCUGUCCGCGGUGGGGCGUUACGACUUUGGGGAUUCCGUGGGAUCCUGCACCGUGGGACCGGGAGGCAUGCACCUGAGCUUCUACAAGAAGGCCAGCGACCAACUCCAGGUCGGAGUCGAGGUGGAGACGAAUCUACGCAUGCAAGAGUCCACGACCACACUGGCCUACCAGGUGGAUCUGCCCAAGGCGGACCUCGUAUUUCGUGGAAGCUUCGAUUCCAACUGGCUCAUCGCAGGCGUCCUGGAAAAGCGCCUGCAACCGCUUCCCUUCUCCCUGGCCAUCUCCGGACGAAUGAACUACGAGAAGAACACCUUUCGCCUGGGCUGCGGCCUGAUGAUAGGAUGAUUCGAAGUGGACCGUAGUAAAGAGCUGUAAUGUGACGGAAAACAGGACCUCUGUAACAGAAAUAGGAACAUGUUCAAUAUGUUGUAAAUGUUUGGUUUCGCAACUUUGGAAAUUUUAAUGUGCCGAGUCUAUGCUGUUCAUCUUUAAUCAAAAUUAAUAAUAUAUAUAUACACAUUUUUUUGGCAAACUUAAA